AUGGGAGCCGUCUCAGCAGCCGCCAAGUGGCACCUCCCUGGCCUCAUGGCCGCCCCUCUGUCCAGCCUCGGCUCUGGGCCCGGAGCCUCGAGGCCGUCGGUCCUGAGCUGCCGCGUCCUCCUCCUGCUGCUGCUGCUGCUGCCGCUGACCCCGUUGAGCUCUGCCGCCUCACUAGCAGCGGCUGCGUUCACCCAGAAAACAGACCCUCGGGGAGCGCUGGCUUGCUCACUCUUCCCAACCCCAGGGGCCCCUCCAAACCCGAAUGCCGACACCAUCCUCGCCCCUUCCUCAGGGACCAAAGAGACGUUAGUCCUGUGCAGGGCCAGCCUGCUCACCCAUGCCCUGGAGUGUUACAAAGAGGACAAAACCAAUCCAGUUUGUGGCGAGCCCUGGUGGUCAGAAGAUUUGGUUGUGAUGCGCCAUUGGCCCUGGGAGGUGAGCCUCCGGAUGGAAAACGAGCACGUGUGUGGAGGGGCCCUCAUUGACCACAGCUGGGUGGUGACUGCUGCCCAUUGCAUCCAAGGCACUAAAGAGUACUCGGUGAUGCUUGGCACCCACAAGCUGCAGCCCGUGAACCUCACCAGGGCCCGCUGGAUCCCUGUGAGGGACAUCAUUAUGCACCCCAAGUACUGGGGCCGGACCUUCAUCAUGGGUGAUCUUGCCCUCCUCCGUCUGCACACUCCCGUUGCCUUCAACAAGUACAUACAGCCUAUCUGCCUCCCAGAGCCCAACUUCAACCUGAAGGUUGGGACUCAGUGCUGGGUGACUGGCUGGAGCCAGGUUAAACAGCGCUUCUCAGCAGACUCCACGCUGACCCCAGAGCUGCGAGAGGCUGAGGUGUUCAUCAUGGACAACAAGAGAUGUGACCGGAUUUACCACAGGAAUUCCCUCUUCACCCGUGCUGUCCCCCUUGUCCUGGGGGGCAUGAUCUGUGCCACCAAUUAUGGAGAAAACUUGUGCUAUGGAGAUUCUGGGGGGCCACUGGCUUGUGAAGUCGAGGGCAGAUGGAUUCUGGCUGGGGUGUUGUCCUGGGAAAAGGCCUGCGCCAAAGCACAGAAUCCAGGAGUGUAUACCCGUGUCACCAGAUAUACCAAAUGGAUCAAGAAGCAAAUGAGCAAUGGGUCUCUUUCAGGUCUCCACACUUCCACCUGGCUCCUAUUUCUGUUCUGGCUGCUGCAGCCCCAGAUGGACCCAUAA